AGUCGCUUUUGUUCAAUUUUAGAAUCGCAAAAGGAAAAACUUUGCAUAAGAAGGGAUUUUAAUUUAUAUAAAGAACUAAACACAGUAACAUAAGAGGCCGAGUGCGAAUUUUACACAUAUGUGGUGUAAAAAAUCGAUGGAAUUUUUUUUCAUUGAUCAUUUAAGUUCAGUACAAAGGUUAUCAUUCGUUAACGAUUAUGGCUCCUGCUAGAAAUCCCAAUAACAAUUAUGUGGCACAUAAUAAAUCGGCGGCCAGCGGCUGCGGCAGUUCCAACUCCAACGGAACUACAGUAGUGACAUUGCGUAAAUCUACAGGCACAGUUCCUAAAGUUUCAUCAUCAAAUAAGCCUAAUUCCAAUCCGAAUGCUACAACUUUGGAAGGUAGCGCCCAUCAACAACAAAAAACUAUUUUACAACCUAUUGGUGUGAAUAAUGUAGCAAAUCGAUGUAGCCCUUUAAAUAUAGUAGCUUCAAUACAACAACAGCAGCAGCAGAAAACGCGUCAAGUCCAACAACAACAACAUCAACAACAACCACAGCAACAUAAAAAUACCGAAGUUGUAGCACCAAUAAGAAGAGACCUUAAGGAUUUGAAUGACUAUUUACUUACAACGGUGGUUACAACAGCGAACAGCAUUAAUUCGAAUAACAAUAACAACCAGCAGCCGUCUUUGGUUCAAAAUAGUAACACUAUCAACAGCGUUGCAGGCGCUACCAAUAGCGAUUUAGAAAAUUCUCAGGAAAAUCAGCAACGCUUUUGCUAUCCGGUACGGCCUAUACCGCGUCGUAGCCAGCAAACGUCGCAUAACUCGGCGCAACUGCAAAACGAUUACCUAAAUUCCGCAAAUAUUAAUUCAAAUUUAAAUACAGCCAUUGGCGUGGUUAUACCUACUACUCCCGGAUUACCUAAUAGCACAACGGCCGCAAUAAUACCGCCAGUUUCGUCUUCUAAUCGUAGCGCGAACAAUUCUCCAAGAAACGUAAAUCUAAAUCAGCAAUUACAACAACAAUUGUUAUUAUUACAAUUACAGCAUUUACAACAGCUUUUCGAAGAACCUCAAGCACGGCCUUUACUCAAUCUUGCCACGCAAUUGAUACCCACUUUGCGGACUUCUACAUCGGCAGUCCAAGAAAAUACGAUUGCGAAUCAAAACUCUAACGAGGUUGUUCAUUUAUUGCAACGUUUGCAGCAAUUGCAAAGUCUUAAUACAAGUAACACUAGUAACAACAAUAGUCGAGGAGAUUGUUUAACAGGCAAUUUGGAAAUUUGUACCAGGAGUUUGCAAAAAUCGCUGAGAUCUCCCAGCAUGGUACACGAAAUAAAUCCUAAUUCGGCGCCUUCGUCACAACGUGAAAUGGUUGUCAAUUCUGCCAGUUUAGAGGACGUAGCUCUAAGUGAGUCAAGCGAUCGCGCCCAAUCCAUACAGUCCUUGCAUAGCGCUGUGGAGACGCCUACUCCCGACAAUACUCCAUCUUUUGAAGAGCUACAACAACGUCUGGAAGCGUCCAAUCGCAACAUAGAAAACAUGAAGGAACAACAACAACAACUCUUGCGUUUACAAACUGCCGCCAAACAACAUUUGAAUGAGAUGGAAAAAUUACGUCAACAAGCAAACACCUUAAGUUUUCCAUCUAGUUCGCAACGUUUAACUAACGAUACCGAUGGCGCUCCUGAAUAUCAGAGCGUAGAACAAAUCCAUACCGAUAUGUCGUCAUUAGUUGGUCGUAUGAAAAAUCUUACCGCAUUCAUACAGAAUCAAAAUGAAUUGUCUUCUUUGUUGGGCGAUGAUGGUCCUGAAAUAUUAGCCGAACAGGAAGCCUUGCAGCGAAAAUUGGAGGAUUUACGUAAUCAAAGGGAUGAAAUGCGAAACUUGGUAACGGAAUUGCAGGAUAUAAAUCGUUCGGCUGAGGAGACAGCCAAGGAAGCACGUCAACGACAAUUUGAGCAAGAAAAGGACGUGGUUGAACAAGAGCCCGAAUCUCCGAAAUCGCAGCAAACAACUAAAAGCGUCAAAUCUAAUACAAUGGAGCGUGUAGUUCCGGUAGAGUACACACGCGUAGUCCCAAUAGAGCUUUUGCAUUCAACUAAUCGUCAUUCUAAUAAUGUUAUACAAUCAGAGUCGGAACUAGAUCCGGAGGAAGACGAGGUACCAGCGACAGCCGUACUAAUACAACAAAGGGAAGCAGACAUAGAUGCAAUGAAAUCUCAACUAAAACGUCUUAAAGAAAUGAUGGAAACUGUCAAUAUGAUUGAGACUCAUACCAUCAACGAUCCCAAAACGUUAGGACGCACACCUCCUCGAGAAAGUUGCAAUGAAUUUGACCGUGAUCGUUCUCUCUUAGUUACAACAAGCAGUCUCUCCAACAAUGACAGUGGCAACGAAGAGUACAUAUCGCGUAAAGUUCGUAUGCUAAAUGAAGUCACGACAGAUUUACGAGCACAAGCCGAAAGCUUGCAGGCGGAACGUAAUCGUAUAUAUGCUCUAAAAGCGGAAAUUGAAAGACGUAAAAAUCAAGCGGCAGCAGCUGCCCAAAUAGGGGAGGAAGCUUUGAAAAGAAGCAGUCUAACGCCUACGCCAACACCGAAAUCUCUUGAAAGGCGUUUGCAGGAGCAUGAGCAAAAUCAAGAAGAACGUGAUCAUCUGAAAACCGAGUAUGAAUUAAAGAAAAAGGAAUUCGAGAUGUUGUGCCAACGGUUGCAAGACGAGCAGCCCGUAAAUGAGACACCAAGCAUGCGGCCAGACAUUGUCUCAGAAGCCGAUGAUGAAGCAGAAGAGGAUGUCAACGACUCAGAUUAUGCUGCUAGCGCAAAAUUCCAGCCGAAUCCCUCGACCCCGGCUGCUAGCCGCAAUGCCCCUUCCGUAGAUACAUCUUCACGUCAGCGAAAUGCUAAAGACUCGAUGGAUCCUACUGUUGUUUCAUCAAAAACAGCUGCUCACAUUGCCCAGGCUGAUAGUAGCACGCACGAUGGCGCAUCUUUUGAAGGAGCUAGUAUCCAAUCAGGCAGCUCGAGGUCGUAUUCUAUACCGCCACCAAUGUCGGCAAUGGGCUUAAAUUUUCCUGGCCCUAUACCACCACCUCUACCCUCUGCCUGGAAUCCUCAUCAAUAUUAUUACGGAGCAGGUAUACCGCCCCCACCACCUCCUCCUCCGGCGGCGUUUGCUUCGGGACAAACCGCAACGCUUAACAAUCCUCCCAGUGGCGGCGAUUGUAUAUGCAAUGCCAACAACUUAGGAGCUGCCACCUCCUCGUCGACUACCACCGCGACUACUAACAUACAACUAAACAUGCUUCAACAAUUCGUGCAUACUCAACAAAUGUUGAUUAACUCGGUUUGCCAUUGCAAUCAAAUGUUAUGGCAUCAGCAAAGAGAAAUUGAAAAACUCAAUCAAACUAUACACUUAUUACAGGAUCGUAUACUGACCUUGACUACUGGAGCUGCUGUCAAUGCUAACAUUAGCUAUAACAUGCGUUCGGAAUCAGUACCACCACCUAAUUUAAAUGGUGUGGCAGCGGGUCACCGCACUCCCAAUAAUCUUUAUGUUGGCUUAAAUCCUCGCGCCCAAUCAGAACAACCUCCACCCCAGUAUAUGACAUCAGCAGCAAGGGAUAAUGCGUUCAGCAAUUACCAACAUCAACAGCAACAUCAUAUAUAUCAACAAUGCCAUCAACAACGCAUGUCGGCUGGAAAUUUUAAUUUUAGUACAGAAACACAACAGCAUAAUGCUGCCUCGACAGCUACUGUGGGCAUAUACUCAACAUUAAACAAUGCUAUACCAGAAAAUACGGUAGCACAACCGCCAGCAACUCUUUAUAACAAUGAAAUAACGACCCCACAAUCGCCUUUAGUGACCAGUGGACCAGCUCCGAUAUUUAUGCAUCAUCAUAAUAAUGCAAUACACCAAAAUAAUGCUAACCUACGCACGCAGAACCAGCAACAACAACAACAACAACAAACACAUCAUCAUAGUAAUAAUAGCAGCAAUAUUGCUAACACCACCGUAGCAGCACGUAACACAUUGAACAACCAAGUACCGCCUGGUAAUCGUGCUAAUAACUAUUGGGAUAAUUUUAGAAGUUAUUCUCGACAAAACUUAUUGUCGACUACGACGAACAAAAGCAACGAAGAUCAGCAACAACAGCCGGAAAAUCAGUUUCAAACGCAGAGGUCGCCAGCCUUGCAGCAGCCGCCGCAAAUGUAUCAACAACAGCAUCAGCAAAGUCAGUCGCACUUGGACGAGAUUAGCAACAAUUUAAAUUUUGAUAACAAUGUUGGCAGCAAUUUCAAUAAAUACUUACGUAUUAUACAAAGAUCACGCAUUAAUCAUCAUCAACAGCAGCAACAACAACAAUAUCAACAGAAUAUCUAUCAGCAGCAACAGCAACGCGAAUUCUUACAGCAUUUGAAUUGGUUGGAACAUCAAGAUCAUAAUAACGCCUUGGCCGGCGGAGAUAAUGCCAGCACAGAGGUCGCUGCUAACACCACAGACUUAAUGUAUCACAACUAUAAUAUUAGCCAAGGUAACAAGGUCACGCCGAAGCAAAUUUGCCAUUUUCGCAAUCGCACUGAGGAACUGAAUCGACAAACGCAAAAUCCACAACCACCCACACCAGUUCAACAACAACAACAACAACAACAACAGCAGCAGCAGCAGCAUCGAUACCCGAACACACUCGCUGGUUAUCGGACGCAAUCGUAUAUGAAUUUACCGGAAAAUCGAAGGCUUAGAAAUCACGAUGACUUUCUUUUAAGACCCAUCCUAGAUAUAGAAGACAACAAUUACGAUUUCAACAAUUGUAAUCCUUUACAAUUGGCUUUAGAUUUCUCAAAUUCUUCCAACGCUACUGAGGUUAAUCAUGGCAAUCAUCUUCACAAUAUCUCGUCCAAUAACGUAGAGGAAGAAGAGGACACCACUUCUGAGGAAAUUAAACGUAAUCUUCUCGUAAAUGCUUUGAAAAAUGACAAGUUCACUACAAAAUUUUAUGAAUCAAUAAAGGAAGAUGUUUUUAGGCGUUUAGAAAGUAUGUUACUUGACAAGGAUAACACGCCUGGUAGCAGCCGGCAAGUUAUUAACAAUAUAUCAUCGAAUAUUUCUAUGCGUAAAAUGUAUCUGAAUGAACAAAGAGGCCAACUCCAGCAACAGCAGCCGUUAGCUUUAAAUACAACUGCGGUCAAUGAUCGUGAAUUAAAUGCCGCCAAAAUGAAUACCGAAACUGACUUACUAAUAACUUCGACAGAAAACUCGCCAUUGUUGUUGCUAAAUAUUGAUAACGAGAAACCAGAAGAGGAUUGCAAUUGGCGUCACAGUGUAAUGAACAACAGCGUCGCGGCCAUUAGUGCUAAUGGUGCUAAUGCUCAUCAUGCAAACACAAACUUGCGUCCAUUAGUUACGGGCCUCACGAAAAAUGUUACGAAAAAACGUAAAAAUCAACGCAAACAAAUUGUCAGUAAUAAUAGCAACGUUAGCAGCAGCAACAACAAUAACAGUUCGAACUUUUUGGAAGAAGAAGAUGAAAAUCUAAAGGGAGCUUGCAGUUUAGCCGCCCAACAACAAAAUCGUCAACCACCCAAAGAGAAAAAAGGUGAUGAGAACGGUGGUGCAAACAAUUUACUUAGCUCCAGCUCUAGCACUACUUCGACUGCCAAUUCAACCUGUACUAAUACUAAUCCCAAUAAUUAUGAUCUUAUUGCUUAUAUUAUAACACGCAUACGCAAUCAAACCCAUCCCAAUACCCAUAUAAAUGACGCUUUAUUAGCAGAAAUAGCCAAAUUGACAGCUACAGUAGUUCAGAAUGCUCAGACAGUGCCGUCGGCAAGCAAUAAUGCGAUCGCUACCAAUGGCGGCGUUACCAGUAUAUCGCCAAAAAAAAUUUACGCCAAAAUAAAAAAGUUGUCUUUGCCGCGUGAGAGAGAUGAAUUUCUGGAUUGGUAUCAACAGUAUUUGGAAAAUAAUGUAUUCAGUAAUAGUAACGAGAACCAUAACAACAACAAUAAUAAUAAUAAUAAUAAUAAUAACAACAACAACACUAGUAAGAAUAAAUGUAAUUCACAAAAAGCCCAGAACAAGAGUAAUAAUCAAACGCAAAUCAUGACAGCGGACGAUGGGGAUUUGGCCGAAGCCGAUCAAAAUUGCUCAUCGGCAAGUAAUAGUAAUAAUUAUUCAAACAUUGCCUUGAUUGGGCCGGUUCACGAAAAUGUUGAUAACAACAACGCGUCUAAACAUGAAUCUAUCGAAUUUGAAAAUAAAGAAAAUCCUGAUGCUGAGAAUCACGAUAAUAUAGAAGGAGCCUGUGCUUUGAUUUCCCCAAGUCUCUCAAAGUCAGAGGAAAUGGACAAAGAUUUUAAAACUGAAAAGUCCAACGAGCGUGGACAAGAAGAUUUAAAUAUAAAAUUAUCGGAACAAUCGGAAUAAAAAGGUACAAAUCAAGUUAUUUAUACCCUUUCUCUAACAUUUCACUCUUAAUAAGACACCCCUCGUCUGUAAUAAGGUUUGUAACCUCUUAAUAUUUAUUACGUA